AUGGCCAGGGCCUAUGGCGUUGAAGCAGAAAUUGACAUUGGUUUUACCGAGGCGGAACACCCGGACGUAUCCAGUGUCCGCCACGCCAGUGCUAUCCAGAGGCUCGUGUCUGAGAGUGUGCUGCCAGGGUCGUUUAAUCCCUUGCACCUGGGACACGAGCAAAUGGCAGCCAUAGCGGGGCAGAUAACCGGCCUCGAAGUGGUGUACGAAUUGGCCGUGUUGAACGUGGACAAGCCGCCCCUCGAGGAGGAAGAGAUUGUUCGGCGACUGAAUGGAUUGGAAGAUCUUCCCCAGAUAAUGGUGGACCCCGCUGGCAUAGAGCAGAUUUGUAGCAUUGGCAAGAGCGACCCGAGGCUGGAUCUAAAAAUGCUGUUGUGUUUGUCCUGCGUUGACUAUGAAGAGUAUUUCCAGUUGGUCUAUUUCCUGCAUUCCCUUGAUCGUGAACAGACGCUAGUGGUUAAGACCGAGGUUUCCUACGAGGAUCCGGUCCUGCCAUCUGUUUCCAGCGUCUGGGCAGCCGCUGAGUGGUAUGAGCGGGAGGCCAGCGACUUGUUUGGAGUGAAGUUCGAAGGUAAUCCCGAUUCUUCUCCAUUACUUUUAUAUGAAGGAUUUGGAGGAUUUCCUGGUCGGAAGAGUUUUCCCUUUUACGAGUAUCGGGAGUUUUAG